GGCACAUAAUGAGCAGACGAGGGUCGUCGGCAACGGCAAUGGCAAUUACCAUGUCGCCGUCAACAACGUGGCUGCUGCUGCUUGGGCCGCUGCUGCUGGUGCUGCUCGUGCCGACAAAUGGCCUGGCAAAUUGUCCAAAUGGCUGUGAAUGCGAUGACGAAACUCUGAAAGUCAACUGCGGUGUGGGCACGCUCGAUGUGCUGCCCAUCGCACUGAACCCGUCCAUACAGCGGCUGGUCAUUAAGAACAACAAGCUGAAGACCAUCGACUCAUCGAUGCAGUUCUAUUCGCAGCUGACAUUCCUUGAUUUGUCCUACAAUGACAUGGUCACGAUACCAGAGCGCUCAUUCGCCUACCAUGCCAAGCUCCAGGAGCUGCAUCUCAAUCACAAUAAGAUCGGGCAAGUGACUAACAAAACCUUCACUGGCCUAUCCACCAUCACAGUGCUCAAUCUGCGGGGCAAUUUGAUUGCCGAGCUGGAGUAUCGCACCUUUUCGCCCAUGGUCAAGCUGGUGGAGCUGAAUCUGGGCCAGAAUCGCAUCAGUCACAUCGAUCCGCAUGCCUUCGACGGGCUGAUCAAUUUGAGCAUGUUGUAUCUGGAUGAUAAUACACUCACCACGGUGCCAUCGCAGCUCACAUUCCAAGCCCUGCCCGGCCUGGCGGAGCUCUACUUGGGCACCAACUCGUUUAUGACCAUUCCGGCCGGCGCGUUUCARGAUCUGUCGGCGCUGACGCGUYUGGACUUGCGCGGUGCCGGACUGCAUAAUAUAUCGGCCGAUGCCCUGAAGGGUCUGGAGGGCAUACGUUAUCUGGAUCUCUCCGACAAUCGGCUGCAGGCAGUGCCCUCGGCUGCGCUGCAGCAUCUGGGCCGGCUCGAGCAGCUGUCGCUGGGUCAGAACGACUUCGAGGUAAUCGCAACGGGCGCSUUUGUCGGUCUGCGUGAGCUGCGCCAUCUGGAGAUCACGGGCGCUCAUCGUUUGCGCCGUGUGGAGAGCGGCGCCUUUGCGGACAACACGAACCUGGAGCACUUGAAUCUGUCGGCCAAUAAGCAGCUCAACGAGCUCUUGGCCAACACCGUGGGCGGCUUUCCACACCUGAGCACCGUCAUCCUGAAGGAGAAUCAGCUGAGCACGUUGUCAGAGAGUCUGUUUCCAUGGUCGGACUUGCAGACCCUGGAUCUCUCGGAGAAUCCCUUCGUGUGUGACUGCCAGCUGAUGUGGCUGCGUAAUCUGCUAAUCAGCCGCAAUGGAAGCAGUCAAUACGCUCCCGUCAUCUGCUCCUAUCCGGCCAAUCUACGGGAGCUGCCGUUGACGCAGCUGGCCGAGCCGCUCUUGGGCUGCACCCACGGUGGCGGCAAUAAGCAGGCCAUCAUUGGCAUCAUGGUCGUCGGCUGUGCAGCGCUGAUCACCACCUUGGCGCUGGUGAUCUACACGUGUCGUCGUCGCAUACGCGAAAUGCUCAAGGGUCACUCGGCGCUGGGGCGCAAGGAGCGCGAGUAUCAGAAGACCUUUUCGGAUGAGGAGUAUAUGACACGGCCGCCACCCGGCUGUGGCGGUGUGCAUCCAGCGUCGGGCUACCCCUGUCCCAGCAGCUACAAUUCGUCUCAGUAUUUGGGCAGCCGGCCGAUACCAGUCACCGAGCUAUAGCUAGAAGCUCCGCCCCCACCUCAGCUGCGGGGUCGGGGCGGUGCCCCCGCCAGUCACAACGGUCCCUCGCCCUUGACAAACUCAGGAACUGCGCUACAGCAGCUGCAAGUGCCCAGCGCCGUCGAUGCAUCCCAUGCGCCCUUUGCCCAACUCAGCCACAUUCACUACAUGACCAACAAUCCACAGACAGGAACAGGAACAGGACCAGGAACAGGAACAGGACCAGCAGCGGCCACAGCUGCAACCACUACACCGCGCUCACAUCAUUCGCAGCAGGACAUGCGAUUGCUGGCGAAUUGCGGCGGCGGCGGCGGCGGGGGCGGCGGGGGCAAGGCACUCGGCCUAAAUGCCUCGCUGCCACGUCACAUGGCUGCGCGCCAGUGCGGCGUACAGGAGAGCACUCUGUCGCACUAUAGCCAACCGCUUGCCAAUGGCCAUGCCGGYAUUCGGCUCACCCAGGAUCAUUUCAAUCACAAUGGCGCUGUGUAUGCCAAGCCCUGCGAUGCCAUGGCCGAUGCUGGCUAUAUACACAACAAUUCGCAUUAUUCGCUGCCGCUGGACCAUGAUAUGCCGCCGAGUCCGACGCCCACACCGCCGCCGCCGGCGCUGCCGUUGCGCAACGGCAUGGGCAUGGCUUUGGUGCAUGGCAAUACGACCGGCAGGCGUUCCUUCAAUGCCAAUAACAACAAUGUGGCGACGCUGUCAAACAAUAACCCAGUGUUGGUCAACGGCAACAGCARCAACAACAACAACGGGAGCCUCCGGCGAUAUCACUGAUACACGCUCAAGUCGUGCGGCACCUUGGGCCGCACCAAGCCGCAGCAGCGCAACGGCGACAUUGAGCUCUAUCACUUCUACAAGGGCUGAUAACGCAUCGGAAUUGGCACUGGCACUGGCACUGGAAUUGGAAUUGGAAUUGGGACACAUUCUGUUACUUUUGAAUACGCAUUAAUUAAUAUUUAUGUAKUGUAUAUUUAGUUACUUCUAUUCAGGCGAACUUAUUUUGUAUAAAUUASCGCUUAGUUAAACUAAAA